AAUAUCUUGAAAAUGAAAUAAUCAUCAAAAGGAAUUUUGAAAAAGAAUUCACAACAUGAUAUAGAUAUGUAAUGAAAUGAAUUUUAUUGUAGGAAGAAAGAAUUACAUUGGGAUGAACAUACAUUAUAGUAAAGAAAUAUAUUACUUUAAUUAGAUAAUAAGAUUUAGAGAGAGGAAAUAAAACUAAAAUAGAUGAACCUAAAACACCAUAUGAAGAUGAUAUAAUAUAGCAAAAUCAAUAGGAAGAUAAAAUUGAAAUGGAAGAUGAAAUAGAGCAAGAUUUAAUAUAAGCACAAUUGAAUAAAUAAAAAUUGCAGCAAGUAAAUUCCAGCUCUUAAAAAGUAGUAACAAAAAAAGAAACUGGAUAUUGAAGAAUUGAAUUAAAGAUUAAAAGAAGAUUUAGAGAGAGAGAGAAAAAAUAUGGAUGAAGAUUCAUCAGAAGAAGAAGAAAAGAGAAAAAAACAUGAAGAAUUUGUUAAAAAAAGAAAAUAACACUAUAAUGAGAAGAAUGUAAUAAAGGAUGCUAUGCAUAAAAAAUAGUUUGAGGAUUAAUGA